AUGGCAAGCAGUGGCCCCCAGUCUGUCUUGGACAGACGUAACCCCAACCCUGACAGCAACAAUCUUGUUGUUGAUAGAAUAACGCGACGACGCAGUCCUAUACGUCCUGCCAAGGGACCAGGUGCUGACCAAAUCGUUCCGCGUAUUGCACAACCCUAUCGGACAAGCUUCUCGGCUGUGGUUUCAUUACCACGCCACCACAAAUCGUCAGAUGAAAUUGCUGCAGCAAAUAUGACCCUAGACAAACUCCGUGCUGAUCAUGGCCCACUAAAAAGUGGUCGCCGUGGCGUCAGCCCCAGACAUGUAACUUAUGAUACCACCGUUAAGGUGAGGCACUCAGACACUGAAGACAGCCUCAUGACAAGCCUCAGUGGACAAGAUUCAAGCUACAGUCCGCUCGAAUCACCUCGGGAUAGUUCGGACAUACUGUCCCCACUUUCUGCCAUGUCAUCCGAAUCAGAAAAGAGUUGUCCACAGCUUCGAUCAGGCAACCAAGAAGUGUUGAAAGGAAUUCGUAAAGGCUAUGAUAGUGCUUCUGUUGGUGCCGGGGAUCGUCUGACCCCAAAUCACAAUGUAGGUUUCCUCUCCCCAGGAUCACCAGGUUCAGACGGUAAUAUCAAUAAAACAAACAUAAGCAAAGAUUACGUUUAUGAUAGAACCAUUAGUUACAGAAUGGCAAUUCAAGCACAGUACUCUGAUGAGGUAAAGAAACUCGCCGCAGCAAAUGUGGAGGAGAAAGCACCUGAAGAAGGAGCGCAAAGUUCAAAUGAUGAUACAAACAAAAGUGAAAUAGGUACCCAGUCAAAUAAGGAAAGUGAGCCGUCAGUACAAGGGGCCGUCGCCGCCUCUGCCACAGACGCCAGUUCCUCAGACUCCAAACGCCAUGAACCGCAUUUCUUGAGUCAUGCCAAGAAGUCACUAAGUACCAGUGUCGGCAAUUUCUUUCGACGUCUAUCGCCGAACGUUAGGAGAAGAACAAAACAUCACAAGAAGAGCUCGUCUACCGAAGGCAGUGCACAGAGCUUGAACACCAGUGACUCUUGUUCCAUUGAAAGUGAUCCAUCCGGCCAUCCUUUCCACCGUUCGAACAGUAAAAGCCGAAGAUCGUUUAUGAAGUUCUUCGGAAAGAUACACAACCGGAAAAAGUCUCAUAGUUUAAGAUCCGUUGGUGAUAACAAACCAUCAAAAGAGGAUGAACUGGACUGCUCUCAGUCUCAGGACAUCAAACAGUUUGAUUCUUCAACCCAACGCAUACUCAAAUCAAUUGAACAGAACUCUAUGUCAGACAAGACGAUUUACCAAAAAUUCAAGGCAAAGCAACCAUCAAAUACUGGCAGUGACUCAAGCAGCAAGAGUCAAGCCGUGCGUCCUAUUCAAGCUACAAAUAUGGCGUUGUGUAGCAGUCCCACGGAGCCCAACCACACAAAUAAAGAAAAUGAACUCAAGUUAAUGUCACUCCCUCUGAAAGCGUCAACCCCUGAUAACAAAAAUGCACUACAAAUCAACUUGAGCCCCCAAAGCACAACAAGUACAGGUGGGGCUGUGUCGUCCUUGUAUGCCAACUCCUCUUUGUCUGAUCAAAACCAGUCUGUCGAUGACUUCUCAUUGGCUGUACACACGCCAGGUAAGUUUCGUGUGACCUUUGCGCUCGCUUGUUUAAAGCAUUUAUUAAUUUGUUUGUUUGACAGUUUACUCAACUCACCUUAA